AUGAAUAAAAAAUAUCUUGCUUUACUUGCUGCUUUCAGUUUACUGUAGCUAGUCGCAGCCGGUGAUUGUCCUCUCUGUACAUACAGCGCUAAUGGAGAAGAUUCUCCUGAUGCUUGUUAAUCCUGUCCUGCUGGUAAAUGCACACCUAGUGUAAAAACUAGUAGUACAGACGAUACAUAAUGUACUGUUAAUACUAAAGAAUGCGAUGUAGGUAAAUUCAGCUCAACAGGAUAUGAUACAGAUGGGCUUGGAGCAAAUUGUGAUGUUUGUGCACUUGGAACUACUAAUAAUACAAAAGGUUCAAAAUCCUGUCCUAUCACCUUACAAAAAUGUCCUAAAGGAAAAUACAGCGCAACCGGAUAUGAUUCAGAUGGAGCAGGAGCAGGUUGUACCAAUUGUUCACCUGGAACUACUACCAGUUCAGAAGGUUAAACCACCUGUUCAUGUCCUAAAGGAAAAUACAGCGGAACCGGAUAUGAUUCAGAUGGAACAGGAGCAGGUUGUACCGAUUGUUCACCUGGAACUACUACCAGUUCAGAUGGUUAAACCGCCUGUUCUGUUACCUUACAUAAAUGUCCUAAAGGAAAAUACAGUGCAACAGGAUAUGAUUCAGAUGGAACAGGAGCAGGUUGUACCGAUUGUUCACCUGGAACUACUACCAGUUCAGAUGGUUAAACCACCUGUUCAUGUCCUAAAGGAAAAUACAGUGCAACAGGAUAUGAUUCAGAUGGAACAGGAGCAGGUUGUACCGAUUGUUCACCUGGAACUACUACCAGUUCAGAUGGUUAAACCACCUGUUCAUGUCCUAAAGGAAAAUACAGCGGAACCGGAUAUGAUUCAGAUGGAACAGGAGCAGGUUGUACCGAUUGUUCACCUGGAACUACUACCAGUUCAGAUGGUUAAACCGCCUGUUCUGUUACCUUACAUAAAUGUCCUAAAGGAAAAUACAGUGCAACAGGAUAUGAUUCAGAUGGAACAGGAGCAGGUUGUACCGAUUGUUCACCUGGAACUACUACCAGUUCAGAUGGUUAAACCGCCUGUUCUGUUACCUUACAUAAAUGUCCUAAAGGAAAAUACAGUGCAACAGGAUAUGAUUCAGAUGGAACAGGAGCAGGUUGUACCGAUUGUUCACCUGGAACUACUACCAGUUCAGAUGGUUAAACCACCUGUUCAUGUCCUAAAGGAAAAUACAGCGGAACCGGAUAUGAUUCAGAUGGAACAGGAGCAGGUUGUACCGAUUGUUCACCUGGAACUACUACCAGUUCAGAUGGUUAAACCGCCUGUUCUGUUACCUUACAUAAAUGUCCUAAAGGAAAAUACAGUGCAACAGGAUAUGAUUCAGAUGGAACAGGAGCAGGUUGUACCGAUUGUUCACCUGGAACUACUACCAGUUCAGAUGGUUAAACCACCUGUUCUAUUACCUUACAAAGAUGUCCUAAAGGAAAAUACAGCGCAACCGGAUAUGAUUCAGAUGGAGCAGGAGCAGAUUGUACCAAUUGUUCACCUGGAACUACUAAUAAUGCAGAUGGCUAAACUUCCUGUCCUAUAGUGUUAUAAGGAUGUCCUUAAGGGUCUUAUAGUUUAUCAGGAUUUGAUAAUGAUGGACUAGGAGGAGGUUGUACUCCAUGUACUGUUGGUACAUCAACACCUUCAAGCUAAACUAAAUCAAGUGAUAAUUCAAAAUGUACUGUCACAUUAACUAAAUGUCCUGCUGGAACUAUCAGUACAACAGGUUACGAUACAGAUGGAAGUGGUAGCGGUUGUAAUUAAUGCAGCAAAAACACAUAUUCUUCAAUUGGUGACACUACUUGCACACCUUGUCCUACAGAUCGUGUUUCUUCACCAGGUUCUAAGUCAGCUAGUGACUGCGUUUGCCCUAACAACUAUGUUUAAUCUACAGAUGGAACUAAAGCUUGUAUCUAAAUUGAUACAACAACUUACGAAAGAAAUUUAGUUGCAUCAUCCAUGAUUUUACUGAUAUUCGCAAUUAUAUUUUGA